UUCAUGCUGAGCGCCGAAUUCUCCUCGCAACGGAAGGGAAAAACUGAGUGAACUGAAGCGAGGACGUUUCCAGCAUGAGUGAGUGGGGAAAAUGAGAGCGUCCUCAUUGAACGGCAACAGUUCAUGUCUUUUUCUUGGAAGCAUCGUCCGUAGUUGCGAUUCUCUUGCUUUAGGAAGCGUUUGGAGUCCUCUUAAGGCGCGAAACCCGGCUAAAACAGCAGGGCUCUUGAGUUGCAAAUCGAUGUCGACGAAUUCGCCGGUGGUGCGAGUGAAGGAAAAGAUCGAUUUGACAGAGAAGGAGAAGAUGAUCUUCGAUAGGCUUCUCGCCACCGUUGGCCAUUUCGAUCUCUCUACCCGGCUGCGGGUGGCUGGUGGCUGGGUCCGUGAUAAGAGGCGCAAUGGAGAUCCACUACGUGUAUACAUGGAUCUGGAGGCUGGACGAAGGAGAUCUGGCCGAGAAGAUAUCUUCAUCAGUUACCAUGCAAAAGACGAUGUCCAGUCAACCUAUGCUGGAUCACUUUUCCACAAUGGUCGAAAUUACCACGUGUCUUCUUAUAAGGACCAUGAGACGCUGGUUUAUUGGUCUUCCUCUCGCUGCCUUCCUCAAAGGAACGGACUUGCAAAAAAUCUCCUCAAGUUGCUGCCUCACCAUUCAUUUGGCAAGUGCUUAAACAAUGUCGGCGGUCUCGACAAGACACUUUCUUUCUAUCUUGAGUGUGCCAACGAUGUCAGUGUCACUCCAAAAUGGUGGGACCAUUUGCACUGCGCCAUGUCUCAUUAUAAGUUUGUUCUCGCAAUCGAGAACACUUGGACGGAAAGUUACGUGACAGAGAAACUAUUUUAUGCUCUGGAUGCCGGGGCAGUCCCCAUCUAUUUCGGUGCCCCCAACGUCAUGGACUUUGUUCCUCCGCAUUCGAUCAUAGACGGGAACAAGUUUAGCUCCAUGGAGGAAUUGGCAACUUUCGUGAAGUCCCUCGCGAAUGAUCUGGUGCCGUACGCCGAAUACCAUGCAUGGAGAAGAUGUGGUGUAUUAGGUAAUUAUGGAAACACACGUGCGGCAAGCCUCAACACCUUGCCGUGCCGGUUAUGUGAGUUCAUUAGCAAAAAAGGUGGCAGGAACGCGAGAGCUUUAUGAAGAGCUGAUUCUUUUUUAACACCCGUUUUUUUUCCCUUAUCAUCCCAAUGAUGUGCGGUGUUUUAUAAGUUUAGUCCAUGGUCAUCGACAUAUAUAAAGAGAGAUGGAUAUAUGAGGAGACGGUAGAUUAGACAUUGAUGUAAACAGGCCACUAACAAAGUCAUAUUAAUGAAUACAAAGUCGUCAUGAUCUUUGUGUUU